CCCUGCACUUCCGGUUUCCCUGGCGAGUGAGUAAGAGGGAGAGAGAAAGAGCGCGAGCGCGCGCGGGGAGCUGAACUCCGCGGAAUUGUUUACACUUUUAUUUAUUAUUAUUCCCCCCCUGUUGUUUAAGGUGUAGAUUCAGGUGAGAAACUAUUUCGAGAAGAAAUUCGGAGUUAAUUCGGCUGAGAGAGGAUUCCGGCCACACCUGAAGUUUCCCCCAUGACACCUGUCGCUGUUGUUUGUGUUCACGCGGGAGCGCAAAGUAACACCAGGUGGACGGCAUCCAUGUUAGGACUGUUCUGUGUGAUAUAGCGUUAAAAAUAGAAAUAUUAUAGCGAUUAUAGUGUUGUUAUUUGUUUUUUUUUUUUACCGUGAGAAUGAAAGUGACUGUGAACUUUGGGAGCACUGGAGUCGUGGUGCCGUGUAAAGACGGCUGGAUUGUGCGGGACCUGAUGGACCAAGCCACUCAGCGGUACAAGAAAAUAGUCGAACAGGAUGGGGAGUUUCUGGUGCGUACACAUCAUGUGGAGUACGCUGACGGGGGGAUUCUCGACCCCGACGACAAGCUCGCGGACCUGCUCGAGGACAAGGACAAGCUGAUAGCGGUGUACGAGGAGAUGGAGCUCCAGCCGAGGAUGCCGGUUAGCCCGGGCAGUAGCGUGGCAUCCGGAUACUCCAGCCCAUACACCUCCGACCCCGAGCUGGGCGUCCUGCGUCCCUCAAUGGGCACAGAGAUCGAGGUCACUUCCAGCACCCUCAAGUCAAACACGCCUCUAAUGGUCAGGAGCAACAGUGAACUGGUGCUGUCUCGCACGCUGGACACCGGGAGUCGAGAUACUGAAAGUAACAACAACAGACCAACAACUACAACGGGAGCAGGCCAUGUUCUAACAGUGAAGAGUGGAACCGUGGACUCACCAGGAGAAGACAUGAUGAACAGGAGGAACAACAACAACAGCAGCAGCAGGCUCACAAGAACAGUGGACAUUUCUGGAGACAUGGGACCUCUGGGAAUUAAAGUUGUACCUUAUCUGUCUUCACUGAGUGGACGGACGCUGGGCCUUCACGUUAAAGGCAUCGAGGAGAACAGUCGGACGAAGAGAGAGGGCAUCUUCGAGGAGGACGAGUGCAUCGUACAGAUCAACGGCACCGAGCUCAUAGACAAGUCGUUCGCUCAGUCUCAGGAGAUGUUCCGUCAGGCCAUGUCGUCGCCGGUCGUGAGAUUGGAGGUCCUCCCCGUGUCCAACAAGCUCCAGUUCGAAAAGAGCCUCAUCAGCCAGAUCUUCAACAGCCUUGACUCCGCCCAAGCCGUCGGCCCUAAACCCAAGAGCCCCUUCCUGCUUCGGAAAGCCGAUGCUACACCCUCUGACCCCGCCCCUUCCACGUCCUCCUUCUCCUCUCUGACUCCGCCUCCGAGAGAGGAGCCCGUCAUGAGACGCAGCCCCGUGGUGGUGGAGCGUCGCGAGCAGACCCCGCCUCCUCCUGUCAGUGCCUCGCCCACACCCAGGAGUCGCAGCGAAAGCCCCGCCUCCACUGUAAACCCCGCCCUUAUAGCGCUAGCGACCGCUAAUAAGAAAGGUGGCAGGAAGAUGAUCAAUUUAACAAAAGGUCCGGAUGGUCUGGGCUUCACCGUGGUGACCCGAGACUCUGUGGUACACGGGCCUGGACCCAUCCUGGUGAAGAGCAUCCUGCCUCGCGGUGCUGCUGUGAGAGACGGACGCCUGCAGUCCGGGGACCGAAUCCUCGAGGUAAACGGCGUGGACAUCAGUGGUUACAGACAGGAGGAGCUGGUAGCAAUGUUACGCAGCACCAAGCUGGGAGAGACCGUCUCACUGUUAGUGACCAGACAAGAGGAACCCUUCUUACCUCGGGAACUGAAAGGAGAGCAGCCUGGUCCGGUCCUGUCCGAGGAUGGCCGGGAGCACCUGAUGUACGAGAUUCCUGUAAAUGACUCGGGGUCGGCUGGACUCGGCGUCAGUCUGAAGGGCAACAAGUCCAGAGAGACGGGCGAGGACCUGGGCAUCUUCGUCAAGUCCAUCAUCCACGGAGGAGCUGCUUUUAAGGACGGGCGCCUGCGUGUGAACGACCAGCUCGUGGCAGUCAAUGGCGAAUCCCUUCUCGGCCGAUCCAACAACGAUGCCAUGGAGACUCUGAGACGUUCUAUGUCCAUGGAAGGGAACCUGCGAGGAGCCAUCCAGUUAAUUAUCCUCCGUGCUAUGGACCAAUACCCUGACCAGGAGAGACGACUAGAUGGCGGUCCGAGUCAGACCAGAGAGCCUUCCCCAGCUCCGUCCGCGCAGAGUAACCCGAGCAACGGCGUCGCUCAUCCACCCAUGGUCAUCAACAGCAUCUACGCCCGUGCUCCAGGUCCCGCUGCAGCGUCCAACGGCAGACCCGGGGUGUACGAUGACGACUCUGAGGAAGAUGAGUUCCCGACUCAUCCUCACGAUAUGGAGUCGGACUUCAACCCACAACGGAGAUACGUGCAAAGCAGACAGGAACGAGAACUCGUGUCCAACGCAGGACGUCCGACACAUCAACUUCAACACACACGCAGACUACCGGAGCAUUAUACGCCACAGGCUUCCAAAAGCAUGGAUCUGGUGGCGGAUGAGGGCAACAUUGGUGGCAGGCAAGCACAGAAACCUGCCCCCGUGACGUCUCUGGGACCGACGUUGGGACUACAAAAGUCCAGCUCACUGGAGAGUUUGCAGACAGCCAUGGAGGAAGCCAGUAAGAACAGCGUUCCCUUCCACCGGCCCGCCGGUCCCAUGGUACGCGGCCGCGGUUGCAACAUGAGCUUCCGGCAGGCCAUCGACAAGUCCUAUGACGGACCCUCGGAGCCUGAGGACGAUUACUCCGAGGACACCUCGGGCAGGGACACGCCCGUCAGCGGGUCCUCACGCCAAGAACUGGAGGACGGAGGCAAAGAGAAAAAGAAGAAGACCAAAAAGAAGAAGGAGGAGAAGAAGACCAAGGCGAAGAAGAAAGACGACGCCGAUGAGCCGGACAAGAAGACGAAGAAGAAGGGUUUUGGACUCCUGAGAUUUGGCAAAAAGAACAAAUCGAAAGGAAAGUUGGGAUCGCUGAGUGAAGAGGAGUUCAAUAAGAGCGAGCCAGAAAUGUCCACGGAAGCGGACGCGCCGGCUCCGUCCCGCAGACACCUGCCCGACGUGGAAGACGACGACUUCGACCCGAACUACGCUCGCAUCAAUAACUUCAGAGACCCGCCCCCUCCUAGCCACGCCUCCUAUCCAAACCGCAUGCCCGCUCCUCAUUACGUCCCACCCACAGGCCCCGCCUACAACAUGCCCCCGAGUAGUGAGGACCCACGGGAAGGACUCUACGCCAAAGUCAACAAGAUAAAGCCUCCCUCGCAGCCGACACCCGAGAGUAACGAAGCUCGUCUGCAGCAGAUCCGGAGUCAGUUGCAGCAGCUGAAACCUUCUCCAUCGUACGCCGAGUCAGGGGCAGGACAGCGGCUGCUGGAAUACGAUCCCUCACGGAUAAGAGGCCCCGAGCUCCGCAUGGCUCCAAGAUAUGAAGACAUCGAACGGCAGAUUGCAUCUGCACCCAGGCGAACGGCUGUGGAAGGCUACAAAGAAGCAGACCGCUACCUGAACCCUAGUCCGAACUACAACGCAAGACAAACCCCCCAGCCAGGCUCGAAUCGUCCUCCCGUAGACCGCUCUGGCCCUCUGAGAUACGACAUGCCCCCACCUGCCACUCCGGGCCAGCAGGUAGUGCCGAGCUACGACGCUGCGAUCAAAGCCGGCAGUCGCAUGGCUGGUCCCAAUCAGUACGCCGCGUAUGAAGACGGGCAGUAUCCGAGCCAUCGGACCAAGAACCCAGCCAUCGGCGCCGUGUAGAAUAACAGUGCAGUGCUUAUUUCCAUAUAGGGUAGGGGGUAUAGCUAGUCCCCCAGGGGUUUUUGUACAGUAAAAGCUUCUUCUUUUCUAAAAAAAAAAAAAAAAAAGAUGGUCUACUCUGGGUCACUCUGCAAGGUAAACCCUCUUUGAAGACAACAUGCAAAAAAUCUCGUAGCAGUCAAGGUGACGUAACUGGAGUUCUGUGCUGUAUUAAAGGUCAGCGUGGGUUUCUCAGGGGUUCUUUGGAUAACAGAAAGGUUACUUCGCUUCAAAAGGAAUAACCAUUUAGGUCCACAAGGGGGGAAAAAAAAACCCCAAAACAUCUUCAUGCUUCUUAAGCGUAGACCGUCCAACAUCUCCCGACUCGACCCUCAUCCACAGGCUUCUUCAGUCCGUCCGUACUUCAAGCUCCGUGUUGAGCUAAAUAUCCAAAGAACCUCAGAUACCUUGUUUUCCGAGGCUGGACCCCGAUCCAUAAAGUAGCUAGCUUCAUGCUUUAACAGAUUCCCCAGGCAGACCAACUGGGAAACUUUAGGUUUAACCUAAAGUUAACCAGUUUAAACCUGGUUCUGGUUCUGGCCUAUAUCUGGGAGUCUCUAAAAUUUUGAAGGAACUUUUUACGUGCUCGAUUUAAACAAUGUAAAGAUGAUGUAAGUUCACCAAAUCCUAGAUGGUGUUUUUGUUUUUGUUUUGGGGGGGAGGUCUUUAUUGUUGAUGUUUAAUUGUUUUCCAUGUUGUAAAUAUUGAGUUAUAUACUGGAGAGAUUGAUUGUGUCCAGUCCCAGGGGCUUUACAGGGGAUUACAAAUCAAUCUGUACCCUCGGUGGUGUUUUAUAUAGUCCUGACAUGGUCCCCGGUGCUGUCAGCGUCUGGUCCGACUGUAGAUAAACCACUCGUCGGUGGUUUCCGAUGGUCUUUAUCUGUGCGGUUUCCCUCAUGGUCCCAUGGUGUGUGUUUUAUCCUGGCUGUAUGAUCCCGGAGACGCCACCAGGAUGGAGACGGUUAACAAGAAAACGAGGACGUGUUACCAAUUAGGUUCUGAACUUUCCUCUUUUUUUUUUUCGUUCUUUCUUUCUUUUCUACAUGUAGCGAUGCUUGAAGCUGUAAAUCUUAUUAUUUUGCUUCCCUUUAAUGAAGGAAGCUCCAGGGUGAGUGCAGUGCCAAAUGAAGAAGAAGAAUAAAAAGAAAGAGGAAUGCCAUGUGAAAUUGUGUGAAGAGGUUGUUAAUUUUUUUAUUAAACCUUUCUCGAUGAUACGUUUUAUUUUAUUCUGAGCUUUUAUGGUGAAACGGAUCCUGUGACUUUUUUUUUUUUUUUUUUUUUUUGGGAAUGGUGGAGAAUUUUGCAUUAUUUUUUUUUCUUAAAUUUCUUAGAGUAACACUUUUUUUUUUUUUUUUUUUUUUUUUUUUUAAUUUGUUGUAAAAAUUCCAAACGCUGCCUUUUUUUUUAUUAUUAUUUUUAUUUUUUUUUGUUUUGUGUGUGUGUGUGUUCCCCUCUUCCCCCCUUUCCAGUCUUUUCCCGUCACGUAUGAACGAAGUGUGAAGUUUCUACGACAGAAUUCGAACCGAAACGGAAGGUACUUCUCGCGUUCUGCUUUUUCUUUCCAUGUAUUUAUUUCAGAAAGUUUUAUUUUUAAACAGAGAACAAAUGAUUGGAAAUAUGAAGCUAUGAUAACUGUGUGUGUGUGUGUGUGUGUGUGUGUGUGUGUGUGUGUGUGUGUGCGCUUUAUUCCAGAAGAAAAGGAUUAUCUGAAUGUGUUAAUAUAUUGAGAAAUCAGUGUGACCGUGUAUCAUUGACGAAAGAGUCGAUUCUUUUAUUUCUUGUUUUGCAUUCAAAAUAAAACAUCGUUCAUUAA